UGCAGACACCAGCAUGCGUUCGCCUGCAGACUCCGAGUGGACAUUUCGAUUCUUCUUCCAGAAAGAUGGUUCCAAGCACCAUCAACACACUAUCUACUGGUGGAAAGAAGCAUAGAGAAGAUUUCAUCUUGGCUGUAACAGAAAACAAACACAGAGAGAUUGGAAUAUCAUUGCUGAGCAUUCGAGGAGCAACAAUACUUCUCAGUCAAUUCAAGGAUGACUGUAUGUAUUCAACGCUUUUGCAUUUAAUUGAUACAUACACCCCAACGGAGAUCCUGUUGCCCCACACGAUGGAAAAUAGCGCACUCCAUACAGUGAUUCUACAGACCGAGCAUGGAUUCAUAGUUUUCGUCAAAAGGCAUCACUGGAACGAUAAUAAAGGGUUAGAACAGAUGAGAAUCCUAGCUACCAAGGAGACAAUAUCCAUCGAGCUUGAAGUUUCUUCAAAAUAUCUUGCCUUAUCUUCAUUUCAUGCAUUAAUUCGGUACACGGAAUUUGGGCAGGGAUACUCGUAUGCUGCGACAAGUUGUCGAUUCGAGUACAGAUGCCCAAAGGAAUAUUUGCAGAUUGACCCCAGAACUGCUGCAAAUCUUGAGAUUAUUCAUAAUGCCCGUGAUGUAAAAAAUGCAUCCUUAUUCGGAAUCAUGAAUUUUUGUAAGACACAUAUGGGGCAAAGACUGCUGCGAACAAACAUGCUGCAGCCACUCAGUUACCUUUCCAGCGGAAAAAUCCAAGAAAGACUUGAUUUCUUGGAGAUUCUUUUGAAAAACGAAGAAGCAUUUUACGAGAUUUCUGAAAAGUUGCCACCAUUUCCUGACCUGGAGUACAUUGUUACAGCGACCCUUAUUCCAAAAUGCGGAACACAAUGCAUUUCGGUUGAAAAAUGCCAGUCUCUCAUUUCCAAAAUUCUCAACAUGAAAAAUGCUCUGAACCUGGCUACUGGAUUGGCGAACACUUUGAAAAAAAUGAAAGGAUCAUGUGCCAUUUUAGAUAAAAUGUUGGACUCACUUUCAGAGCCGAAGCUCGAUUCAGUCAAAAAUGCAAUUGAUAGAAUACUAGCUGAUGAAUCUUUUCCAGCAAAGGGAAAUAUCCUUUCACAGGUGCAGCGAUGCUUUGCACUGAGAGCAGGCAUCGAUUCAUUAUUGGAUGUUGCGCGACAGAGUUACAAUGACGUGAUUGACGAUAUAUACAAUUUAGCCCAGCAAUACAGGGACGAAUAUGGAAUUGGUUCCAUCAAAGUGGUCUACAAUAUUCGUAGAGGGUAUCAUCUCAGCAUGAAAUCUGAUAUUUCUUCUCUACCCCCGAUUUUCAUACAAAAAUCGCAAAAAGGGCAUUGCACGUUGUGCACGACAGAAGAUCUUGCGAGUCUUGCUAAUCGCCAUAAUGAAUCUGUGCAAGAAAUAUAUUUGAUGACAGGACGGAUUCUUGAGUAUAAUCACCUAUCCAUUGUGAGAUUUUGCAGAUGCCUCCUUGAUGUUGCAGACUCAAUCAGCCUCCUGGAUAUGCUGCGGUCGUUUGCGCAUAUGAUUAGUGUAUCUUCGCAGCCAUUUGUUAGGCCACAAUUCUACCCUGAUGGACCACUUGCAAUUAGACAAGGACGGCAUCCGAUGUGUGAGAUUCUUGCUCCUGGGUCUUUCGUGUCAAACAAUACUAUGAUGAAGCCCAGAACAUCUAGUUCGUUUUGUGUUUUGACAGGUCCAAAUAUGUCUGGAAAAAGUUGUUAUCUUCGCCAGGUCGCCCUCAUCAUCAUAUUAGCUCACAUGGGAAGCUUCAUUCCAGCUGAAUAUGGAUGCUUCCCUUCGAUAGACAAAAUCUUUUCUAGAAUUGGGACCUCGGAUGAUUUUGAGUCAAGUGCGAGCACUUUUUACCUUGAAAUGCAAGAAAUGUCGCAUAUAAUAGGUCAUGCAACGCAACAUAGUCUCAUCAUAAUUGACGAAUUGGGACGCGGAACCAGUAAUCAGGAUGGUAUCGCAAUUGCCUGGGCUUGCUGUGAGCAUCUCAUAAACUUGAGAGCAUUGACUCUGUUUGCAACACACUAUUCGGAACUUCAGCAGCUUGCAUCUAUCUACCCAAAUGUAGAGAAUUGGACGCUUUCCGUGGAAGCAACAAAAGGAGGACUGCAGUUCUUGUACAAGGUCAUCAAAGGAUUUUGUCAAGAGGGCUCAUAUGGAAUGUAA